ACUACAAGAAGACCAUCCGCGCCAACCACCGCGCCGUCGAGAAGGAGGUGUCCGCCGUCAUAUCCGGCGUCACGGACGCUGCCUCCGCUGACUUCUCCCCCGAUGACGCCGUCAACCACCUCAACUCCCUCGUCUCCCGCCUCCAAGGGCUCAAGAGGAAGCUGGAGGAAGGAAGUCGAGCUGAGAAUUUGCAAGCACAGAAGUGUCGCGCACGUCUUGAUCACUUAGAAUCUGCUGAUGGGGAAAAUCUGUCAGAAUGGAACAACACUCGCUUGAAGCGGAUUCUCGUUGAUUACAUGUUGAGGAUGUCAUAUUAUGACACUGCGGUGAAACUUGCUGAAUGCAGCAACAUACAGGAUCUUGUUGAUAUUGAUGUAUUCCAAGAAGCAAAAAAGGUUAUUGAGGCAUUGCAAAAUAAAGAUGUUGCACCUGCCCUAGCAUGGUGUGCCGAUAAUAAAUCAAGGCUGAAGAAAUCAAAGAGCAAAUUAGAGUUCCAGUUGAGACUUCAAGAAUUCAUAGAAUUGGUGAGAGCUGAGAACAAUAUGCGAGCCAUCACAUAUGCCAGGAAAUAUCUUGCGCCAUGGGGUGCCACCCACAUGAAAGAAUUGCAGCGAGUCCUUGCAACACUGGCUUUUAAAAGAGAUACUGAAUGUGCCACAUAUAAGGUCUUAUUUGAAGCUAAGCAAUGGGAUUUUCUAGUGGACCAAUUCAAGCAGGAGUUCUGCAAGUUAUACGGCAUGACAAUGGAGCCUCUGCUCAAUAUCUAUCUGCAAGCUGGCCUUUCUGCCCUUAAGACUCCAUAUUGUUACAAGGAUGAUUGCACGAAAGAGGACCCUCUGUCACAGGAAGCUUUUCGAACAAUUGCCAUGCCGUUACCAUAUUCGAAGCAGCAUCAUUCAAAGCUUGUUUGCUAUAUAACUAAGGAGCUAAUGGACACUGAGAAUCCUCCUCAAGUGUUGCCCAAUGGAUAUGUUUAUAGCACUAAGGCUCUUGAAGAGAUGGCUAAGAAGAAUGAUGGUAGAAUCACUUGCCCAAGGACAGGAUCACAAUACAACUAUACGGACCUCGUCAAGGCAUACAUUUCAUAAUUCUCUCUUAUUUAAAAUAAACCUUGUCAAUGAUUGCAAAUGUCAAUGCUGCCAUUGCCUUUAAGCCACCGUGGCUGUGUAAUUGGAAAUCUUUCGGAAAUUCAUCAAAUGGGAUUUAUUAGUCCAUACGUUGUGUUGUGUUCCAUUUAAUCAUGUACAUAUGUAAAAGUAAGAUUUUUUUUUACUUUUUUAGUGUCACUGAGAUUUGACCUUGGACUGUUGCAUAGGGGUUUUUUCACUCAACUGCCAACCUUUUAAAACUAUUUAUUUCACCUAAUUAAAUUGCUAUCCUUUUGAAAC